AUGGCCGAAGACGAAGAGCGCCCUGAGAAGCGUCAACGUCUGACCCCCAACGACUGGGAGUCAAAAAUCCUUGGUUCUGGCGACUACAGCGAAGUUCUUCCUCACAAUGAAGUGCCAUUUGUGAACAGACACAGCGAGCUCUUCGACCUUUUCCAUGUGAACGAGAAAAACUGGGGUACUGCCUGGCAGCAAGAACUGACACAGGCACAGAGUGCUGCUAUGCAACAUUUUGAUUUGCGGAGCUGCACAACUUUGAGCCACGUCGUUUACAAGCUUUAUGGCCGCACGGAAGGAGGACCAGAAACUGUCAAGAUUGCCGAGUGGAUUUUUAAUAAAGUUGUGGAGUGCAACACUCCGCUGUUUGUCCAUUUCGAUGAGGUCGGCUCCCUUGGAGCAAAUGUCAGAGAUUUGCGUGAUGCUGUGCAGCAGACUUGGCAUCCCAUGCUUCAGUGUGGAGGCGACAUGGCUCGGAUCUACUUCUGUUUGAGUGGCAAGAGUGUUCCAUUGACUGCGGUUGGUGGACCUGCCUCUGGAGUUGGAACGAAAUGGAUCAUUCUGGAUCUGCUGCAGGAGCUGAUGAAUCUUGACAUGUUUCAAAGCCUUGAGCAACACAUCAAGUACAUCAUUGAGACAUCGACGCAAAGCGAUCCGCUUCUGCUCGCCUUUCCUGGCCAAGCUACCGCAGCUACCACAGGUUUUGCAGCUGUGAACAGGAGGCAUUUGCGAGCUCUACACCAUUUGCUUAAAGACCAAGAAGGCAGAGACGCUGAGCACUUUGAUGCGGAGAAGACCAUGGAAGAAGUCUACCGCAUCCUGUCCAAUGAAGUGCCACAAGUGGCGAGCGAGAUAUUUUUGGCUAGCAGAGAUGAGGCUGAGUGGCGCCAGACAUGGCUUUACUUGAUCCUGUUGGCCCAGCUGCGUGUACCUUGCCACCGUGAGAUGACCCUCAUGAACACCCGCUGA